CCUCCUCUUUCCACCUCCGUCCUUUCUCCCUCUCUUUCCUUCCUUCCCCCGCACACAGGAGUUGAGAGUGGGGGAGGCUUCUUUCCUCUUUUAUGUAGACCCCCCCCAAGGCUGAACCAAACGGGGCUGGGGUGGGGGUGCCUGAAGGGCUGUGGGAGGGGGUUGGGAGCGGCCAAUUUGAGGGGGGGACUCUGCCUUGGGGGGUCAGUAUUUAGGGAAAGGUGGUGUGUGUGGGGGCAACCCCUUCGUUGCUUGGGGGGGGUCGCUUUCCUCCUUUUGUCCUGCUGGGGUGAGGAUCAAAGGCUGGGGUCCCAAGUUAAGACUUGGGGAGUCUCAGAAGGGGGCUUCUCUUAAGGGGAGGGGGCUCACGUCCCUGUUGGUAAGCCCCCACUGAUUUGGGGGUUCCCCCACAGGCCUGGGGGAGGGUGGAGGGAGCAAGAGGGGUGCUGCCUGGGUUUGCCGGGGUGGGGGUGGGGCUCUAAGUCCUUCUGGAAAAGAAGCCCAAAGGGGUGGGAGAUCCUGAGCCUGCAGACCACCCCCACCUCACAGUGGGCAUCCCCAUCCUCCAGCUCCAAGGUUGCUCUCGGCCUCUUUGGCCUUGCCCUCAAGGUGCCUGGAUUAAGCAGCGUGCCAUCUGGGAUCCAAGAAGAAGCUGCCGGGGGAGGGGGGGCUUUGCAGGUGUAACCUUUGCCAAUCUGCCUUGGGCCAACCAACUGGUGCCUUGUCCGGCAUUGACAUCCAGGCAAAUGGAGAAACGCUUCUUUCAAAGCUGUGGGACAACCUUGAAGGAGGAGGAGGUGGAGCAGGGUAUCUGCUGAGAACGAAAGAGGAAGUCCUGCCUGGAGGUUAUCUUCUCAAGUCAGCCGCCCCUGGUUAUGUAGAAGAGGGAGUAGGGAAGCCCUGGCUGGGUGGCUGCACUUGGCUCUUCUCUCCCUCCCCAGUCGCAUGGCCAGAGAGGCUCCUUUCAAGCACUGAGGAAGGAAAGGGUCUUCCUCCCUUUAAAUCUCCCCCACCCCCUCCUUUAUUUCUUUCCACUUCUACGGAGCCAGCUUUGAUCCGCAAUGACAGGGAAAUCCGUACGGGAUGUGGACAGAUACCAGGCUGUCCUUACCAACCUGCUGCUGGAAGAAGAGAACAAAUACUGUGCAGACUGUCAGGCAAAAGGGCCAAGAUGGGCCUCCUGGAACAUUGGUGUCUUCAUUUGCAUCCGCUGUGCUGGAAUACACAGGAACCUGGGAGUCCAUAUCUCUCGAGUAAAAUCUGUCAAUCUGGACCAAUGGACACAAGAACAGAUACAGUGCAUGCAAGAAAUGGGAAAUGGGAAAGCAAAUCGCCUUUACGAAGGUUACCUGCCAGAGAACUUCAGACGACCCCAGACAGACCAAGCAGUGGAGAGCUUUAUCAGAGACAAAUAUGAAAAGAAGAAGUACCUGGACAGAAGUCUCGACAUCAACAUGCUACGGAGAGAAAAGGAUGAAAAAUGGAAGAAGGAAGCAGCCACUGGGAAAAAAAUGGAGCCAGUUAUCUUUGAGAAAGUCAAAAUGCCUCAGAAGAAAGAAGAUCUUCAAACUACAAAAAGCCUUUCCAGACCCUCGGAACCAGUCAUAGACCUGCUGGGACUUGAUGUUCCUGUUUCAACUGCCCUCCCCAAUGGAAGAGCCAGCAGUUGUUUGGAGAAAGACUUGGACCUAUUUGGAUCCCUGGGUACCGAGAGAAAGGUUGUUGGCUCAAUGCCCACAGCUGGAAGUGCUGGAUCUGUUCCUGAAAAGCUGAACCUGUUCCCUGAGCCGGACAGCAAAGCUGAAGAGACGGGGAAGAAGCAGCUCUCCAAGGAUUCCAUCCUCUCUUUAUAUGGCUCCCACACCCCACAGAUCCCCACACAAGGAGCUGUGUUCCUAGCGCCUACCCAAAUGGGCUAUCCGGCCGCCUAUCCCAAUUUCCCAGGCAUAGCACCACCUACUGGCAUGAUGGCACCACCAGUGGGGGUGAUGGCGCAGCCAGGAGCGGCCGCAGGCAUGGCAGCACCUAUGGCGAUCCCAGCAGGUUAUGUAGGCGGCAUGCAGACUGCAGUAAUUGGGGUCCCCAAUGGGAUGAUGGCAACGCAGCAAGCGGGGUACAUGCCUGGCAUGGCACCUGUGCCACCACCAAUGUAUGUUGUACAACCAGCUCACCAAUUACAGUGGAACCUUGCUCAGGUGACGCAGCAAAUGGCAGGGAUGAACUUCUGUGGCACAAAUGGGGUGAUGCGCUAUGGACAGUCAAUGGGCAGAGGGGGUGCCCCAGAAACCAAUCAAGCCCUCAGUUCCCAGGUGUGGAAAUAGUGCACACAGACACGCACGCCCCGGAUCUGGACCAUUUUCUCGUUCAUUUUUAGCUUUGGCUCUUUUGGGUUUUUUCCCCCAGUUCUGUAUUAAGCAUCAGUUACUCCCUGAUGUUAUGUUUUUGACUUCCCUUGCUGGUGAGUCUCAGACGGAUAUUCCACUUGUGAACGGAGAUCUACUCGGCCAAUUUCCCACCUCGUGUUCAAAGCACUGACGGAAUCGUUGCUACUUUGGCUCACCUUGUCCAUAGGCGAGCAUUAUUUAUUUUUUUUAACAGGGUGGACCGAAGAUGGCAGGUGGCCAUUCUGGUCAAUGCAACCAUCGUUUCAAAGCCUGUUCUGGGAUUGCAAAAGGAAUGGUCAUGAUGGCUCAUGUGACCUUUGCGUCUUUAGUUGUGGCUUCACCUCAAGGCACUUUGUAUUUUAGGACUUUGGCACCAAAUACUCUUGGUUUUUUUUUUAUUCCACCAAUACAUUCCAUGAUUUCUGUGGUGUUUUCCAAAACUACUUCAAACGCGUUAGCCCAUCAGCCUUCAAGCACAAUUCUGCUUCUUUUCUGAAAGUGAGUUGGGAGGAAACAUACCUCUUAAAAAGCAGCUGCUGCUCAUUUAGUCCUGGCAUACUUAAAUGCUUUUAUUUCCUUUCUCCCUAUUUUAACCUUUGAAAGAUUUAGCCUAGCGUUUCUCCAUCUUGGCGACUUCAAAAUGUGGGACUCUCAACUCCCAGAAUUCCAGUGCUUGCUGGAGGAUUCUGGGAGUUGAAGUCCAUAUCUUGAACUUCUUAAGGUUCAGAAACACUGCAUUUAAUGGAUAAAGGUCCAGAGCACUGGCAAGUUUUCGUUUGGAUUUGUCCUCCCCUGUGUAGCUCCUACAAACGCUCAACUGGCCCGCAUGAUGACUUUAUCAGAGGGAGAAAAACCAAAAUUUUCAGAGAUGGGAGCCAAUCUCCCAUCUCAGUCACUUCACAAAGACCGUGAUCACCCAAAUCCACAAUUUUGAAAGAUUUUGUAGCACAAAUAACAGCCAGGCAACCUACUUUAUCUUGUGUAUAUGUAAAUUCGUUAAUAAAAUGCUGCCGUGAAACUCUUA